GAGGGCCGACCAAUGGGAAGCGCACGCCUCGGAGCCGGAGAUUUGCCGCUAAAGAAGAAGCGGCAGGAGCUGAUCCUGCUUUUCAGAGCAGUAAAUACAUUUCGGACCGCCGGAGAGAGAAGGAUCCAGUAAUGUGGAAAACAAACAUCAGGUCAAUUGGGUGAAAGAGAGAGAGGUCAACGUGCUUUUUCCAGUUUUGAGUAAACCCUGGUUUGUAUGAGAGGGAUUCGAAGGGCCGGUGAGCAUAAUGGGGAUUUCUGGCCUGCUGCAGUUCAUCAAGGAGGCCUCCGAGCCCGUCAACGUGAAGAAGUACAAGGGGCAGACUGCUGCCGUGGACACGUACUGCUGGCUCCACAAAGGAGCCUUUUCCUGUGCAGAGAAGUUGGCGAAGGGGGAGCCCACCGACCAAUAUGUGACGUACUGCAUGAAACUUGUCGAUAUGCUCCUCACCCACGGCAUCAAGCCCAUCCUGGUUUUCGACGGACGCAACCUGCCUUCUAAAAAAGAUGUGGAGAAGGCGCGCCGUGAGCGCCGGGAAGCGAACCUCCGGCAGGGCAGGCAGCUGCUGCGCGAGGGGAAGGUGUCGGAGGCGCGAGACUGCUUCACCCGCUGCGUCGACAUCACGCCCGCCAUGGCGCAUGACGUCAUCAAGGCGGCCAGGGGGAGAGGCGUGGACUGCGUGGUGGCGCCCUACGAGGCCGACGCCCAGCUGGCCUAUUUAAACAAGAGGGGGAUUGCACAGGUGGUCAUCACGGAGGACUCCGAUCUGCUGGCUUUCGGCUGCACCAAGGUGCUUCUGAAAAUGGACCGGUUUGGCAAUGGCCUGGAGAUAGCCCAGUCCUGCCUGGGGAAGUGCAAGUCCCUGGGGGACGUCUUCACAGAGGAGAAGUUCCGCUACAUGUGCAUCCUGUCUGGCUGCGACUACCUGGCCUCUAUCCACGGGAUCGGCCUGGGCAAAGCCUGCAAGCUGCUCAAGAUGGCAAACAACCCCGACAUCACCAAGGUGAUUAAGAAGAUGGGUCAGUACCUGAACAUGAGCGUGACUGUCUCUGAUGAGUAUAUCGAGGGAUUCAUCAAGGCAAACAACACCUUCCUCUAUCAGCUGGUCUUCGACCCCCUCAGCAGGAGACUCGUUCCCCUGAACCCCUACCCAGAGGAGAUUAAUCCCCAGUCUCUCAGCUACGCGGGGCCUAACAUGGGGGACCAGGCUGCCUUGCAGAUCGCUCUUGGAAAUGUGGAUGUCAACAGCAUGAAGAAGAUUGACGAUUAUAAUCCUGACAUCACGCAGCCUGUGAAGCCCAGGAGCCGUAGCUGGACUGAUGCCCGGGUGCAGCAAGCCCCUUGUGAGCUCAGUAUCUGGAGCAGGGAGUACAACCCAGCUGGGAAUACGCGUCUGUUGUCCCAGCCCAGCGAGCCUCGAUCUCCCGAGACGCUCUCCACCAGAGGAAAGGAGAAGGUCAUCAGCACACAGCCCCUGAAGCUUCCUACCAGGCAGGCGCAGGUCAAGAGGCCGAGAGCAGAAUCGAGUAUGUCGGAAGAAGUCCUGCUUGGGCAGUACUCAUGCUCUGACACCAAGAAGCCCAGGAGAGAAGCAGGCACGCCCCCAGCCGGCAGCAGCAUGGGUGCAGGAGAGAGGGCCUCGGGCCCCGCCAGUCAGCACAGGGCUCGCAACAGGUUCGCCACCGUGCUCCAGAGGAGGAACCAGGAGGAGGGACCAGCGGAGGAGCAAGGGUUAUGCAGCAGGUUUUUUUGCACCACGAGCUCCAGCGUGGAGCCUGAGGCCAAGCAGGAAAGCCCAGUCAAGUCCCAUGAACCUGUCCCCGAGGUGCUGUAUGUUUCUGGCCAGCACAGCGAGACAUCGGAUGUGCUGACAAGUACAGAUACCGAGUUCCAAGGGAAGGGAAGUUCCAGGGCAGCAGGAGAAACUACCCCCCUGGGCUGUCAGUCCCCCUGUACGUCCAGCAGGGGGUCUGGGGUUUUUGGCUGGUCUGGAAGCCUUGGGGAAAAACCCAAGAAUCUCACCUCGGGGGGUCUCGUAGCAUUGCAGCAAUUUCAGCGGAUGAAGGAGAGUUUCUCCUGGAGCGCUCCUCGCCGGAAGCCCUCUGCUCUUUCUGGCUCUCUCCCUGACAAGGAGAACAGGCCUGGCUUGGAGAAUGGGGAGCCCAGAGACUCAGGGGAAAGUGGAUACUUCUCUCAGCCCAGCAGGACUUCCAGGGGAGAGAGCACUCUGCCUGACAAAGAGAACAGGCCUGGCUCAGAGGAAAGGGAGCCCACAGACUCGCAGGAAAGUGGUUACUUCUCUCAGUCCAGCAGACCCUUCAGGAAUGAGAAGGACAGGGAGCCCAGAGACUUGCAGGAAAGUGCCUAUUUCUCUCAGACCAGCAGGACCUCCAGGAGAGAGAGCAUCACCUCCCAGACUCGCCUCAGGGACAACCAAGACUCGGAAACUGGUAGCCAGGAGUCUGAUUCCAGUGAUGGUGUCAACCGUUCCCCUGUGAAGGAUAAAAAUACUUGUACUUUGAUCAAAGCAAAGGUGUCCGGGCUGUCCCGAGCCAGCGCUGGGGGCCGGGGGGCCGCCGGGAAGCUCCGGGCCCGAGCUCCUGCCAGGGCCAGCGGGCUCAGGAAGAGAGGCAGCACCAACGACGAGAACAGGCCGGGCCUGCAGGCCACCAUCAGCGACAUGUGGAAGAACUUCGGCUUCAGAGCAGAGAAGGACCGCAGGCGUCCCUGCAGGAAAGGGGAGCCCAUGUCUCCGGUGAAGGACAACGUUCAGUCCCCGGCGCCAGAAUCGGGCCAGGACAUCUACGGUACCCCUGCACUGCCGUCUGUUUAGAGGUCCGGUAUUGCUCACAUUUCACUCCAGACGUCUCAAGCUCAAUUCCCUGGCCCAGGGUCUUCUGGUUCGUCUUUCAGUACGAGAUCGAUUAACCAACAUGCUUAUUUUUUUAAGGUCUUUUACCGCUGAUCAUUCACUUCAUUUAAAGAAAGUGGCUGGGCUCUGUUGUGUUUUACAGAGGAUCUUUAAAUCAGAGUUUUAAUUAAAUAAUUGGACUUUGUUACGGGGAGCUGGGGUGAACCACCAGACACAAGGUCUUCAAGGAAUUUGGGUGGAAACCCAUGAUGUGUGUGCAGUGCCUUAUAUAAAUAACUAAAAGUGUUUUUACAGAGGAUAUUCUGUAAGAGCUUUUAUAGUAUAAGCAAACUGGCGUGUGUAUAUAUUAUGUAUAUUAUAUAUAUACUUGGUGUACUUGAUUCAUUUGCUGAGAAAUGAUCAGUUUAUCCAUUAAUUUUGUCUGAAUAAAUGCCUUUUCAUAA